AUGUCUCUGAGCAACCUCGCACAUUCUCUGUGCACUCGAUUUCAGCAGAAUGGAAGACCUGAGGAACUUACCGAGGCCAUCGAGUUACGACGAGCCAUUCUGGAAUGCCACCCCGAAGGCCACCCUGAUCGUGCUAUGUCUCUGACCAACUUCGCACUUUCUCUACACACUCGAUUCCAGCAGCGUGGAAGAUCUGAGGAUCUCGACAAGGCCAUCGAGUUGAACCAAGCUGCCCUGGACCUUUAUCCAGAAGGUCAUCCUGAUCGCUCUAUGUCUCUAAAUAACCUUGCGAAUUCACUGAGCACACGAUUCGAACGCUGUGGAAAUGUAGAGGAACUUGAGGAGGCCAUCAAGUUGUAUAGAGCUGCUCUGGCGCUAUGCACGGAGGGCCAUCCUCUUCGUCCUUCCAUUCAAAGCAACCUUGCAAACUCUUUGCAUACUCGAUUUGAGAAGCGUGGACAGAUCGAGGAUCUUGACAGCGCAAUCGAGUUGUAUCGAGCUAGCCUGGAACUUCGCUCCAAGGACCAUCCUGGUCGUUCUUCGUCUCUGAACAGCCUCGCACUUUCUCUACACGCCCGAUUCCAGUACCUUGGAACACCCGAGAACCUCGAGGAAGCCAUCACGUUGCAUCGAGCCGCCUUGGCUUUACGCCCAAAGGGCCAUCCUGAUCGUUCCGCAUCUCUAAGUAACCUUGCAGAUUCUCUACAUACUCGCUUUCAGCAGCACGGAAGGACGGAGGAUCUCGACAAGGCAGUCGAGCUACAAAGAACCGCCUUGGAGCUGCGUCCUGAGGGCGAUUCCAGUCGUUCUCUAUAUAUUAAUAACCUUGCAAAUUCCUUGCAUACUCGGUUCGAACAGAAUGGAAUGCGCGAGGACAUUGAGCAGGCAAUUGAGUUGCAUCGAGCCGCCCUAGUGCUUCGCCCCGAUGGUCAUCCUGAUCGCGCUAUGUCUCUGAGCAACCUUGCAGAUUGCCUCCGCACACAAUUCAAGCAGUACGGAGGGGCUGAGAAGCUUGAGGAAGCAAUCAAGUUGGACCGGGCUGCCCUGCAGCUUUUCCCCGAAGGUCAUCAUGAUCGCUCUACAUCCCUGAGCAACAUGGCUUAUUCACUGCAAAUGCAAUUCGAGCAGUACGGAAAGGCUGAAGACCAUGACGAAGCCAUCGAGUUGUACAGAGCCGCUUUGAGGCUUCGUCCCGAGGGCCACACCGAUCGCGCCAUGUCUCUUAAUAACCUUGCGAAUUCAUUGCACGCCCGAUUCGAGCGACAGGGACAGGCUGGAGACCUUGAGGAGGCCAUCAAUAUGCACCGAGCUGCUCUAGAGCUUCGGCCACAAGGUCAUCCUGAUCGUUCCAUGUCUCUGAACAAUCUUGCGAACUCCCUUAUUGAUCGGUUCGAUCAGAACGGAAAUGCCGAGGACCUUGACGAAGCCAUUGAAUUGCACCAAGCCGCCUUGGAGCUUCGCCCAGGAGGUCAUCCCCUUCGUUCUAUGUCUCUGAGCAACCUCGCAGCUAACCUGCGCGCUCGAUUUGUUCAGUAUGGAAAGGCUGAGGACAUUGACAAUUCAAUUAAGCUGCACCAAGCUGCGCUGGAGCUUCGCCCUGUGGGCCACCCUCUAUGCUCCAUGUCUCUGAACAACCUCGCAGAUUCCCUCGUCACACGAUCCUCUCGAUUUGGGGGAACUGACAUGCUUGAAAUUGCAAUCAAGUUCAACCGAGUUGCACUGAUGCUUCGACCAGAAGGUCAUCCUCUUCGUUCAUUAUCGUUGAAGAAUCUCGCAAAUUCCUUAUAUGUUAGACUCGAGCAGCAAUGGCGCAUGGAUGAGUUUGAAGAAUGUAUGCAGUUAUUGGAGCUCGCUGCCACGCAUAGAUUCUCGGGUUUAUUGGAACGCCUACCUGCUGCGCAUAGAUGGGCAGAACUUGCACGAGAGCACGAGCACGACACCACCUUCGCAGCUUACAAGAUGACGUUGUCGCUACUUCAGCGUGCUCUCACCAUAAGCCCAACUCUUCAUGGACAAUAUGACUUCCUCCUCAGACGCAGUGAUUACAAAAUGCUCACGCUGGAGGCAGCGUCUUACGCAAUAGAGAAAAAUAAGUUGGAAGAAGCUAUAGAGAUACUCGAGCAAGGAAGGGGCUUGCUGUGGUCACAGUUGCGUGGCCUCAGGACCCCUCUGGAUCAGCUCGCGGAUACAAAUGAAGAGCUCACCAGCAGAUUCAGAGAUAUCAGUCUUCGACUGGAGAAUCUCGUGGCAUCACACGAGGCAAUAGUGUCUGGUUCCGCCAUGAAUAAAGAACGGAAAUCACUAGAUGAGCUGUUGAGAUUAAAGCAGCUACUCUCCACCAAGCAGGAGGACGUUAUUAACGAGAUUCGACAAGUUCCGGGGUUUGAACGUUUCCUUGAAGCCACGCCGUUCAAUGUACUACAGCAGGCGGCUUCUGACGGGCCAGUCAUUAUUGUUAACCAUUGUCGGCAUCGCUCUGAUGCCCUCAUUGUUCUCUCCGACGAUGCCUCACCGGUAGAAUGUGUCCCUUUAGACGAAGAGUUUUAUCAGGAUAGCAUUAAAUUGUGUAACGAGCUCCUGGUAACGCGCCGACGACGCGGUGCUGAUUCGCCGGAAUAUGACAAGAAGCUACGCGAAGCUAUGAAGAUGCUAUGGGUCAGAGUCGUCUCCAAAGUCGACGUCAAACUUAAAGAGCACGGGAUUUACGAAGGUAGUCGUAUUUGGUGGUGCCCGACAUCGAUAUUAUCCGUGCUCCCUUUCCACGCCGCAGGACCGUUCGAGGAUACAUAUCUGACGACGAGAUACUUCUUAGACGAAUAUGUCUCGUCGUAUACUCCGACCCUCGGAGCUCUCAUUAAUGCGCGGUCAGACGGUAGGGAAGACGAACCAACCGUGCUUGUCAUUGGAGAUACCUCACUUCAUUCAGCUAAGCAGGAGAUUUCCAACAUCCGCAAUUGUGGGUUAAUCACCAAACUACUAGUCAAAAAGUAUAGCCCGCCCCGUCGUACGGUGAUCAAAGCUCUCCGGGAAGCGACAUGGAUCCAUUUUGUCUGCCAUGGACAUUUAGACUCGAAGCCUUUCAAUUCUUCAUUCAAUCUAUCGGACCACGGGUUAACGUUACUCGAUAUUAUCCAAGCCAAUAUUCCCAAUGCGGAGUUUGCAUUUCUUUCUGCCUGCCAUACCGCCGAACAACCCCACGACGGUGCGCACGACGAGGUUCUUCACCUUGCAGCGGCCAUGCAAUUUUCGGGAUUUCGAAGCGUGAUUGGUUCAAUGUGGGAGUUACUCGACGACGACGGGCCGGCGUUUGCUAAGACAGUUUAUGAGUACAUGAACAACUGUGAGGAAGGAGAGGCGAAGUAUAAGAGAGCGGCUGGGGGCCUUCGUAAAGCGGCCUUGGAGUUGAAAGCGCGGAAUGGGAUUUCAGUCGAACGAUGGGUUAAUCUUGUGCAUAUAGGCGCUUGA